AUACUAACAUCAACAUCGUAUUGGCACAAGAUGACUACAAAAGCAAUCAUUCAGCUUCUGUUCUUUGCUUUGGUUUUUGCCACAUUUACGGCGCAUGGGGCUUGGGGAGAGAAGGGUUGCUACGAUGAAAAAGAAAGGUUCAAGCGUGAAUGCAGCACAAGCUAUGAGCGUCCAAGUAAGUCUUGUUGCGACACUGUGCGGUCGGUCGACAUGGCCUGUGUUCGCCGUACCAUGACCUCCGAGGAGGAGACGGGAUUAAGUGUUCAAAAGAUCUCUUUUCUUUCAAUGGCUUGCAACAACUCAGUGCGAGUCGUCGGGAAAAAAUACGGAGAUAUUCCUAAACGACCAAUGUGGCAGUCAUUCUCGCCGCCGCCGCCACAUAGGGCACAUCCAUGAGAGAUACCGAGGGAGGGGUAGCAAACAAGGCACAAGCAUAUAUAGCUUGUGAGUUAUUAACAUGUACUCCCUCUAUUUCUUUUUAGUUGUCGCUAGAUAGUUCAAUCUUACAUUAUCCAACGACAACUAAAAUAAAACGGAGGGACUAUUAUGUCAUGACAAUGCAACCGCAGCAAGUAUCCAUAUAAAUAAAUGUCCAUAUUGUCACCA